GGGCGCGAGGCGGCUGCGCCUCCCUGCCAGGGGUCCCACCGUCUCGAACGGACAGUGCGGUCAGUACUGUCGAAGCCGCGUGAUCGCGGGCCUCCGGCGGCCAGGAAACUCCGGGAGGCGGAGCUCCUCCGUCUGCGCCCCCGCGCCCAGGCCCGAGCCUCGUCGAGGGGGCGGUCAGGAGCGUGGGAAAACGGAGAAGGAAAGCGAAAGACAGUCCCUUGGGCUUAUCUAGCUCGGCGCGGGGAUGCCAGCUCCCCCCGCCCUCCGCAGGUCAGUUGGCUGGACCUCCUCCCUGAGAGGCUCUCCCUUUCCUCGCCGGGGUCAGUCACACGGCCGGGGCGAUCGCUGCAGGCAAGUCCGCGCGCCCCGCUGCGCAGACACUGGCCGGGGCCGCGCGGGACACGCGGGGGCGUGGCCACCCGGGAGCGGGCCGGGGUCUCGGGAGCCUGACGUCACGCCCCACCCCGAGGUAUUUACCUUUGAAAGUGGUGGCGGCUACAGGUACCGGAGUAGAGGAGCGGCGGGGAGGGGCUCACCGCCAAGCCGAUCCAAGCCCAAGGGAUGCCCUGGCUCCUACACCCUUCUCCCACAGCCCACGGGACUCUUCCCUCCUCACCAAACCCUUUCCCAUAGGGUUAGCUCUCCUCACCUCCAUCCUCAGUUCAAACCCUACCUCUGACGGCUUGAGCCUCAAAUUUGCAGCCUCAAAUACCAUCUCCUUUCUGACGACUCAUCCUUAACCCUAAUCACCCACUUUCAAGUCUGGCCCCCAUUUCAUCCCCAACUCCCAUCCUCAGCCCUGAAAACUCCUUUCUCACUCCGAACACUCACCCAUAGAUUCCACCCUGAGGGACCCUCAAACACAGCCCGCCCCCAUUUUGUGACCCAGCCCUAAACUCUCACCAGGAUCUCUCCCUCACUAUUUAUCCCUUCCUCAGCCCAGUGUGGGCCCAGGCGCUGUGCCCCUGAGGACAUGGAAUUUGUGUCUGGAUACCGGGAUGAGUUCCUUGAUUUCACCGCCCUCCUCUUUGGCUGGUACCGCAAGUUUGUGGCAGAGCGUGGGGCUGGGCGGACCAGCCUCGAGGGUCGCUGGCGACAGCUGGAGGCUCAGAUCAGAAGGCUGCCCCAGGACCCUGCCCUCUGGGUGCUCCACGUCUUGCCCAACCGUAGUGUGGGCAUCAGCCUGGGACAAGGGGCAGAGCCAGGCCCUGGACCUGGCCUGGGAGCUGCUCGGCUCCUGGGAGAUGAGCUCCUACUCCACCUGCGAGAUCUAAGCCCCUAUGUCAGCUUUGUCAGCCUGGAGGAAGGAGAGGAAGGGGAGGAGGAGCGAGAGAAUGGAGAGGAGGGUGUGGGCAUGGAGAAGGCAGAAACAGAGGAUGGGGAGCCAGCCCCCACCAGCAGGGAGUCUCCCCAGGAAGCAAGUCCUGGAGGGGAGCCAGAGGAGGCUGAGCAGGAGGCAGGAGGUGGCGAAGAUGGCUGCCGAGAGGACAGGGCAGAGAUGGAGCCGGGGCCUGAGAGGAGGAAGGGACGGACAAGUGAGGCUGCACCCCUGCACCUUUCCUGCCUCCUACUGGUGACAGAUAAACAUGGCACCAUCUUGGGCAUUGAUCUGCUAAUGGAUGGAGCCCAGGGGACUGCAGGCAGGGGCUCAGGGACAGAGAACCUGGCUCCCCGGGCCUAUGCUCUCCUCUGCCACAGCAUGGCCUGCCCCAUGGGCUCUGGAGACCCCCGAAAGCCCCGACAGCUUACGGUGGGAGAUGCCCAGCUGCAUAAAGAGCUAGAGAAUCUGGUCCCCAGACUGGGAGUGAAAUUAGCCAAGACUCCAAUGCGGACAUGGGGUCCCCAGCCAGGCUUCACUUUUGCCUCCCUUCGGGCUCGAACCUGCCACGUUUGUCACAGACACAGCUUUGAAGUGAAGCUGACACCCUGCCCCCAGUGUGGUGCUGUCUUGUACUGCGGAGAGGCUUGUCUCCAGACCGACUGGAAGCGGUGCCCAGAUGAUGUGAGUCACCAAUUUUGGUGCCCAAGGCUUGCAGCCUUCAUGGAGCGGGCCGGAGAACUGGCGACUCUGCCUUUUACCUACACCGCAGAGGUGACCAGUGAAACCUUUAACAAGGAGGCCUUCCUGGCCUCGCGGGGCCUCACUCGUGGCUACUGGAUGCAGCUCAGCAUGCUGAUAUCAGGCCCUGGCACCCCCAGGCACCCCCGGGGCAGCAUGCCAUCCCUCAGCCUUCUUCUCCGUGGAGAUCCCUACCAGCUUCUCCAGGGGGACGGGCCUGCCCUGAUGCCUCCUGUGCCCCCAGAUCCACCCAGGGGCCUCUUUGGCUCAUGGCAGGACUACUACACAUGGCGGGGCCUCAGCUUCGACUCCCCCAUGGCCGUGCUUCUCACCUACCCACUGACGGUGUACUAUGUCAUCACCCACCUGGUGCCCCAGUCCUGUAAGCAGAGCCGAGGCCCGGGGAGGAGUGCAUGGAGCAGGGGGGACGGGGAGCUGGUAGGGAACAGCAGGUGGCGGGGAGGAGACCAUAUUCUGAAAUGGCUAGCUUGUCACCCAGUCCCUGAGCUGAACAUCCAGAACAAACAGUCACUGAAAAUCCAUGUAGUGGAGGCCGGGAAGGAGUUUGACCUUGUCAUGGUGUUUUGGGAGCUCCUGGUCUUGCUCCCCCACGUGGCCUUGGAGCUGCAGUUUGUGGGUGACGGCCUGCCCCCCGAGAGUGACCAGCAGCAUUUUACCCUGCAGAGGGAUGGCCCCGAAGUACCUGUCCGCUCUGGUUCUGGGGUAUCAGCACGGCUCAACUCUGGGACUAAGGAGAAGGGGGGCCGCAGAGACCUGCACAUCAAGGUGUCUGCACGGCCCUACCACCUGCUCCAGGGGCCCAAGCCUGACUUGGUUAUUGGAUAUAACUCCGGCUUUGGUCUAAAGGACACUUGGCUGAGCUUGCUGCCCCGGUUACAGUCCCUCCGAGUGCCGGCCUUCUUCACUGAGAGCAGCGAGUACGGCUGUGUGAUGGAUGACCAGACCAUGGCGGUGGCCACAGGAGGGGGGACCAGCCCUCCACAGCCCAACCCUUUCCGCUCCCCCUUUCGCCUCAGAGCGGCCGACAACUGCAUGCCCUGGUACUGCAACGCCUUCAUCUUCCACCUGGUCUACAAGCCUCCGCAAGGGGGCGCGGCCCGCCCGGCGCCCGGGCCCGCGCCCCCCGCCCCGACUCCUGCGGCUCCUCCCGCCCCAGCCCGCAGGCGCCGAGGAGAAAAGAAACCGGGGCGGGGGUCCCGCAGGCGGAGCUGAGUCCGGAGAGGUAGCAGGCCGCCCCCUCUCCCAACACGUAACAGGCGAGGCCGAGGGGGAGGAUGGUUGGCGGAACACAAAAAGGUAAAUAAAAUUACUUGUUUGAAACCACUGAGACAAACGGUCUUAAUUGGGUCCUUCAACGGGGAGAGGAGAAAAGGAUUUAGGGAUAACAUUUUCCUCCAGCUCUUUUUCAGCUCCUUGACGGCUGCCCCCUCUCUUUCUCGGGAUUCCGACCCUCCUUGGUAAUCCCACACUUCUUCUAACCUGUAAAUUGAUUUGUCAGGGACCCGACCGGAGGCAAGGCAAGACCAAGAAACAAAAAGUGGCUUCUCCCUUGGGGGCAGGGGAGGUAUCCAGCUUCCUGGGAGCACACAGAAGCCUUGGCUUAGAUUCAGUGAAAGAGCUCAGCCACUCAGGUGUCCAAGUUAGAAAUCUCGUGGCCAUCCUUGACUUCACCUUCUCCGUCCUUCACCUUCCAAUAAAGAACC